CGGUCAGAUACAGAAAGUAUAGUAUAGUAGACUUUGUUACCUUGAGACAAAGCCAGGAUACAGUAUUUAUUUUCUAGUCUCAUAGUUUGUGCUAACUAACCAGCUGUAGCUUACAGUAUUUAAUGUUGAUACAAAAAGGGCUUCUGUAUUCUAAUCUAACUCGCGACAAGAAAGACAUUAAGUGAAUUACUGAAUUAUGCUUUAAGGUUGCAAAAAAUAGGCAUCCAAUUAUUUUUAUAGUUAACUCCUCCUCUGAGUUAUGUCUUAUUGAUCAUGUGUCUUUAGUGUCACUUUAGACAACAUAUUCCACUUUCUGAUGAAUUCCUUUGAAUCAUUUUUAACACACACUCAUCACUGUAGCUGAAACGCUUGACAACAGCCUCCAGUUUUAGCUGAUGCGGUGGUCCCACAUCGUGAACAUCACCCUGAUGAUGUGACCUGCUUCACAUAAAUAAAAAGCCUCCACCAUGCAGACUGUCACAUGCUAAUGAUGAGUGGGAAAUGACAAAACUGUUACCACAGGCUUCUAAAUGAAGACCGAACACACCAAUUCUCAUGUCUUGCUUGCGUCCAUUCUGCUGACUCAUGCAUUUCCAAGGUCAGACCACAUCCUUCAACUGCAACACAUAAAUACGAGUGUUUGCUUCAAGGUAAUGUUGAAGAGCAUUCACCGUCACAUCAGAGAGAGAUAAGGAAAAUGUUGUGCCCAAGGGAUUUCAUUGUUUUUAUCUCGUGUGUGGUCCUUCUCAUUGUCCAAUCAUGUCAUGGUUCUGAGAUUAUUGGAGGGAAAGAAGUGGCUCCCCACUCUCUGCCUUUCAUGGCUCUGAUGCAGCCUCCGUACUGUGGAGGGACACUGAUCCAUCCAAAAUGGGUCCUGACUGCUGCCCACUGUAAAAACUUUACAAAAGUGAUUCUGGGAGUGCACUCAAUCAAAGGAGAUGUAAAAGAUUCCAGGCAGGUCCGCAAAGUGAAAAGUUUUCCUCAUCCCUGCUAUGAUACAACAGAACACAUCAAUGACCUCAUGCUGCUCAAGCUUGACAAACCGGUGAAGCAAACCAAGACGGUGAAAUGUCUCCCGUUGGGGGACACCAUCAAAUAUCCAGGAGCUGGCACCAGCUGUCUGGUGGCUGGAUGGGGAAAAACAAACAACAUCGCCAAGACUGUUUCAGAUGUCCUGAGGUCUGUCAAUGUGACCGUGAUCGAUAGAAUGGAGUGCAACUCUCCUAAGCAUUACAACCUGAAGCCUUUUAUCACCAGGGGCCACAUAUGUGCUGGUUCAGUCGUGAAAGAGGUGGCUGAUACCUGUGGGGGGGAUUCAGGAGGCCCACUGUUGUGCAAUGGAGCCCUGGUUGGUGUCACUUCUUUUGGAAAGAAUUGUGGCAUGAAAAAAUACCCGGGUGUGUACUCUUUUCUCUCAGAAAAACAAAUAAUCUGGAUCAAGAAGACAAUGAAAAAGUCUGAAAUAUAAUCAGCCCAGUUCGUUAAUGUCUAUUUAUGUGCUAAUAGUAUGCUACGUUAUCCUCCUUACUGUAAAAGGAAUAAAUGUACAUUAUAUGUUUUCUUGAGGGAUUUUUCUAAAUCAAUGUAGAAAAGCGCUAUAUUUUCUUCAGGGGAAAGCAAAACUCCAAAGCAAUCCGCCAACCAGACAGAUUCAGAAGCUUAAAUAGAUUAUAACUCAAGUCAUAUGGAUAUAUUUUAUAAUUAGGUUGAUUCUCAGGCAUGUCCCUUUUUUUCCUCGUCAUUACAACUGCAUGAAAACACAAAACCAAUUAUAUUUAUUCUUAGACAUCCAUAUAUCUUUCUUUCUUAUUUUCAAGAUCAAGAUUGAGAUUCAAGGCUUUUAUUGUCAUUUGUACAUAGCUACAGUAUGUCAAUGAAAAUCUUAGGUCACAGGCUCCUCCAACGGUGCAACAUAUUCGUAAUUUUGUAUUACUAUUAUAAUAGGUUUCCAUUACAGAAGCUCCUGUAGUUUCACACGUUCAUGGCAUCAAAGAUUUGUGUUUCAGUUCUCUGUUCUCAGGUUGUGUGAGCUCUUUGUCUAAAUAAAAAAAAUGUUGAUGUUUCA